AUGGGCUACGACUACACCGUUUACAAAGGAUCCAAAGACGGGUCUAUAAAAAACCAAGUUCUAGUGCGCGUCACCCACUCCGGCGUCUGCUUCACAGUCGUUCACUACCGCCUCACCGACAUGGCAUUGGGCCACGGAGGCGCCGGAGUGGGCUCGUUUGCAUCGCAUGCCGUCUGGCCCGAGUUGUUCCUUUUCAAAGUUCCCGAUGCGAUUAUGGAUGAAGACUCGGCGCCACUGAUGUGCGGUGUGGGUAUUAUUGGAGUUGGAGGACUGGGUCAUUUGGCUAUCCAGUUCGCGGUGAAGAUGGGCUGUCAGGUUGUUGUGUUCUCCGGAAGCGAUACCAAGAAGGAUGAGGCGAAGAAAUUGGGAGCAACGGGAUUCUAUGCCACCAAGGGCGUCAAGGAAUUGAAGGUCCCACAGAAGCUGGAUAACCUUAUUGUGACGACUAGCAGUCAGCCCAAUUGGAAUCUGUACAUCAACCUUCUGAAUCCGGGGGCUACGACCUCGCCAUUGACGGUUCAGAGCUCUAUUGUCUCGGCGAGGCAGAUUCAUAGGGAUAUGUUGGACUUCGCGGCCUUCCACGGUAUCAAGCCGGUCAAUAUGUCUUAUCCGUUGACGAAAGACGGCAUCGAGGAUUGCUUGAAGACAUUGGAAGAUGGGAGGAUGAGGUACCGGGGCGUGCUGGUUACGCAGUAG